UUCGAUUUACGAGAUCCUCUCGAGAACCUGUUGCGUGGGGUGUUUCGUCGGAGCUAUUACACCCCCCACUUUCUGUGUGACAUUUGCUGCAUAGUAGAGUUGAAACGUGUGGAAACGAGGGACGUGCAUUUUUACGGUAGCCACAUGCUUGUUGAUCUGACAUUGAUGUGGGAACAACUGGACACCAGAUGCACAACUUACUCCUUGUUGUCCUCCGAGACGUUCAUCUCGACUGCUUCGCAGGUUGACGAUAGGCUCGCAGCUGACACAUAUGGAAUAAUGCUUACCGAAGCUGCCACUUUCCAGUGUCCAGGCUCUUCUUCCACAAGUUUCCCGUCAGUGUACCGAGUGGAUGCUCGCGAGCCUUGUUUGCCAAAUACAACAGUUGGUGCUCGUUUGCUCGAAUUGAUUUUUGCAUACUUUCCAGACCCGGGGCAAACAGAAGCUACAUGC